UAACGAGAAACCUUCAGUCGCCAAAAAAUCGAGUGAACUGACGCAAACAUUUUUGGUGUUUCUAACCUACCAAAACCUCUAUAAAUUGCAUAUGGUUAUACUUUUACUUACAUUUGGUGAUAUUUUAUUAUUGAGGUCUUUUUUUCAUCUGGGCAGAAACCAUAAUCACCAUGUCCAGUGUUUUAGCAGAUAAUCAGAAAGCAUUAGAAGUGCUCGGCAACAUCCAGGCAAAACUUGCUGAUGCAGGGGACACAUCAGUUGAGGAUGAUAUCGCUUCUAUGAUCUGCAUGCUUGAGAGCCCUCUUUUUAAGCAAAUCCUCAACAUCCAGUCCUCCAUACGGGAGCUCAAAAUGCAUGUUGAAAACCCCUCAGCCGAACCGAUUGCUGACUUUAGCUUUUCACAAGAUGGUCAGAUUGUCUUCCAUGAGCCGGAUGAUGAUGAGCAGCCGCCUGGCACGCAAUUCUCAUAUGACAACAAUACUUUUGAAUAUGACAACCCAUUGUAUGCUGAUUUGGAUCAAGGAAUGGCAGAACAAGGCCCUUCUAGUCCCAAUCUACAGAAUUAUGAUGCCUUGAUUGAGUUUCAGGCUCAGGGACGAGAAGUACUUAAUAUUCAGUUGCAGAAGCCUGAGGUUGGAGGGCUAGGCUUCAGUGUCGCUGGAUUAAAGAGCGAUCAACACGGUGAACUGGGGAUAUUUGUCCAACUUGUUCAGCCAGGUGGUACGGCUGCAAAGGAUGGACGGCUUCGUGAGCAUGACCAGAUUUUGGCUAUUGAUAGACAAGUUCUUGACACAUCCAUCUCGCACCAAGAUGCCAUUGGUCUUCUUCAGCGAACCAGCGGGACAGUGCACUUGGUGGUUGCUCGUGGACUGCUCCCUGCAAUUGUUGAAAAACCUGCUGGGUCAACAAUCUCAACACAAGCAGAGGUCAAUCAGGAAAAUGAUGGUUCACCUGAGUUUGAAUUGUCUCAUGUGGAAACAAUUACACUACACAAUGAGGGGCAUGGCUUAGGGUUUGGCAUUGUCGGAGGUAAAGACUACGGCGUUAUUGUGAAGACUAUUUUAGAAGGUGGAGCUGCAGAUAAGGAUGGACGUCUUAAGAGUGGAGAUGUGAUUCUAAAGAUUGGAGAUAAAAGUCUGCAAGGAACCAGUAGUGAUCAGGUGGCAGUGAUCCUACGAGAGGCUGGCAGUGAUGUGGUGCUUACAGUUGCCAGACCUCCACAACCUGCUAUUGAAACACCAUUGAAGAGCAUGCCUGUUGCUGAUGAACCAAAUGAGUUUGAUGUGCAUCUCACCAAGGAUUCUAAAGGCCUUGGUAUCACCAUUGCAGGAUAUAUUGGACAGGGAUCAGAACAAAUGAAGGGAAUUUUUGUGAAGAAUGUAGCACCAGAUAGUGCAGCAGAAAAAAGUGGUGCCAUUAUGCCUAACGAUCAGAUUAUAGAGGUUGAUGGGCAAGAUCUAAAUGGGUAUACUAAUGAGCAAGCAGUGGAGGUCUUGAGAAAAACAGGUGCUGUGGUACAUCUCAAGCUUAGCAGGCACAGAGUUAGUCAUUUCAUGGUUGAAUCUCCUGAUGGUGCUGGAAAUAUUGGAGAGGCUGAUAUACUGCCAGUUACAACAUCAUAUCCUCCACCAGGCCGCACUGGAGAGGCUGAUACACCGCCAGUUGCAGCAUCAUAUCCUCCACCAGGCCGCCAGUGUGUGGAGGAAGAGACUGGUGAAGUCAGGCCUUGUGUCAUUAUGCCAGAAGUUGAUGCUAAGAUUGCCAUGUGGCAGGGGAUGCUUGGUAUGGAUGUGGAGAUUAUUAUAGCUUCUCUGGAGAAAUUCCAUCAUGGUGGCGGUCUUGGCAUCAGCCUUGAGGGCACUGUUGAUAUAGAUGAGCAGGGUAAUGAAUUUGGACCACAUCAUUACAUCAGAAACAUCCUACCAGAUGGCCCUGUUGCUCUAGAUGGCAGACUUCAAAGUCAGGAUGAACUUCUUGAGGUUAAUGGCACAAGACUUCUUGGUGUGAACCAUCUUGAAGUGGUCAACAUCCUUAAAGAGCUGCCAUUGCAGGUGCACUUAGUCUGUGCUCGACAUCAGCAUCCAAUUUUUCCGAAUGAUCAAGAGAAUCAGUCUGAAUCAUCAGAUCAUGCUGUUGGAGUUGAAGAAGUCAAUUUGGACUUAACCCAGGAAGCCACUGCAAAUCCUCAGAGCUUAAAGAGUGAAGUUGGCCAAAGCAGGGACUCUCUAGCAGGCCUAGCUAUGUGGAGUGAUGAUGUCCAGGUUAUUGAACUCCAGAAAGGAGCAAUGGGAUUAGGCUUCAGUAUUCUUGAUUAUCAGGACCCAACAAACUCAUCACAGAUUGUAAUAGUGAUCAGAAGUCUAGUUCCUGGAGGUGUGGCUGAAACCGAUGGACGGCUGCUCCCUGGGGAUAGACUCAUCUCAGUUAAUGAUUCGAAUCUUGAGAACUGCAAUCUGGACAUUGCGGUACAGGCUCUGAAAGGAGCGCCGAUUGGCGUGGUGCGCAUCGGUGUGGCUAAGCCACUGCCGUCUGCUGAACAUCCCAUACAACAGGUGACAUCAUCUGAACCCAUUGGACCAAUGGAAGCUAGGAUUAUAAAAGAAGAGCCAAUCACAAGGGAGGAAAAGAAAGUUGUUCAUGCAGAUUUAUUCAGUGCAUCUGCCUUCGAUAAUGAUCAAAUUAAACCAAAAUGUAAAGACAAAAUUGAAGAGAAACAUGAAUUUGUUGCUCCUGAUUUGAUUCCUUCGGCUGCUGCUGUGACAGCUACAGUUGCUGCAAACAAAGCCAGUACUGAAUCUAGUGUCCCAUCAGAUCAGACAUCAACUGCAAUAGCUGCAAACACAGUCAGUCCGGAGACUAGUGUCACGUCGGACGAGGAGUGGGUUGACGCAUCUGAAAACCCUCUGGAAUGUGAAUACCCAACCCCGACACCUUCUCCGGCCUUGUCGGAGUCGCCGUUUGUGUCUCCAUCGUUCUCGCCUUCAGGGUCACUGAAGGAGCUGGACGUUGAAGAUGCUGUGUUGGUGUUGGGUGUUACUAACGAUCACGAAGAGGUGGAUUUGGCAGAGGUGGUUGCUAACACGCCAGAACCUGAACUCUGGAUUCCUAUCGCUGAGGAUGAGCCUAAUUUGAAUCAGCAACAGAAUUCUAUACCCUCUGUGGCUGCAAGCAUGGCUGUUAAGAAGGAGAAGGCAGUUGCUGUCAAAUCUGAAGCAGCCGCAGAUCAAUCUCCAAAGAUGAUACCUUUAGCUUCCGCCAGCAGCCUUCGUCGAGAGAGCUCUGUCCUUCCUGGAUUUUUGGAGAAUAGCAUCAUCUUAAAGAAAGGCAAUGCCGGCUUAGGACUGACUGUCAAUGCAGAUAAGAGCAAUGGCGUCAUAGUCAAGAGCAUAAUCCGUGGAGGGAUCGUUCAUCAGGAUGGACGUAUUGGCAUUGGAGAUUACAUCACAGCUGUCAAUGGUGAAAGCAUGCGUAACCUCAACAAUGCCACCGCAAGGAGCGUCCUGAGAAAAUGCUCAAUGGCUGGCAACGACAUCAGUAUAAACUAUAUAUCUGCCAGUGAUGCAACUGCAUUUAGAAACAAUCCUGGAGCAUUUCCCGUCGCUGCUGAACAACGGCCAGUUGAUGAAGUUGAUACCGGGACGAUAGAAUUCGCAAAACCUAUCACAACAAUUGAAACUGAAACGGUGAAAGUUGCAGCGCUUACUUCUUCACAGUCACCAGCACCAUCGAGGCGGCAGACUGGAGAUGCAGCUGCCAAGGCUGAUAUACCACCUCCACGGAUGGUGGAGCUCCUUAAGGAACCGAACAAAAGUCUUGGAAUUAGUAUCAUUGGAGGACGUACAGCUGAGCAGCAAGGUAUAUAUAUCAAACACAUUCUUGAGGGUAGUCCAGCUGGCAGGAAUGGCACUCUUAAGACAGGGGACAGAAUAUUACAGGUGAAUGGUAUCGACCUUCGAAGUGCUACUCAUGAAGAAGCAGUGGACAUCAUACGGAAAACAUCCAAUCCGGUGCAAUUCCUUAUCCAGAGUCUACCAGCUGGGGAGGACAUUAUAACGGAGGCUGACGAAGUUACUGCUGUUAUGGUCCAAGCGGGUACACUGCCCAGGAAGCCAGGACAGCUUGAGGUAGCUGGUGAUACAGGGAUGAACGAUGGAGAAAAUGAUGAGGAUGAUGAAGAUGUUGAUCGGUUUGGCUACUCAAUAAAGAAGAUGUGUCAGAAAUACAAUGACCUUGAAGGGGAGAUUCACAUCAUUGACCUCCAGAAGGGUGCCACGGGGUUAGGAUUGAGCCUUGCUGGAAAUCGAGAUAAGUCCAAGUUGAGUGUAUUUGUGGUUGGAAUAGAUUCCGAUGGUUCGGCUGCAGUUGAUGGAAGACUGAAAAUAGCAGAUGAGAUUCUAGAGAUUAAUGGAAAUCAGGUCUAUGGACGUAGCCACCAAAAUGCAUCUGCUAUCAUCAAAACAACUGGUCAGAUGGUUACUAUGGUGAUUUGUCGUAGUGAUGAUGCCAUUAAUCAGCUAGCUGUACAUCCUUUGACCUCACCUGUUGGUCAGUUGACUGUCAAAGAUGGUGGUUUGAAGUCUGGCAAGAAGAAAGAUUUUAUGAAUUAUCCUAAUGUACAAACUAUUCACCUUACCAGGGGCCAGACAGGGCUUGGUUUUACAAUCCUAGAAGAUAAAGACGAUGAAGGAAACUCACGGAUAUUUGUGAAAGAUGUGACAGCCGGCGGAUCGGCAGCACAGGAUGGAAGACUCCGUUGUGGGGAUCAGAUCUUGGCAGUCAACAACCAGUCUCUGAUAGGCUUGAGUAAGCUUAGUGCCAUAUCUGUACUGAAAAAUACAAAAGGCAAGGUUGUAUUAACAAUCAAUACAACCAAUGCCAACCAACCAACAGCUCAUCUAACAAAAUCUACUACUGAAUUCCAAGCAAAAUCUGAAGUACCUAGUAAACAUUUUGUAAAGGAGGUCAUCAUUCAACCGGAACAAAAGGCCAAAGAGAAGUCAAAACCUCCAACUCCAGAGGUAUCAGAAUCUCUUCCUCCAGCCACCUUUGCUCCAAUUAAGACUGAACCACAAGACCCAUACACUUGUGAAUUGGUGCCUGGACAGGAGACUACUAUCAUCAUCCCAAAAGGAAGUACAGGACUUGGACUGAGCAUUGUGGGUGGAAGUGAUACACCCUUGGGUGUCAUCAUGGUGCAUGAGGUAUAUGAAGAUGGUGCGGCAGCUAGAGAUGGCCGACUGUGGUCCGGAGAUCAGCUUAUUAAGGUAAAUGGUAUUGACCUUUCAACAGCAAAGCAUGAUGAUGCUAUUGCAGCAUUAAGGCAGACCCCCUCUGAAGUGAAGCUGGUAGUUUUCAGGGAUUCCAGUGCCGUGUUUAAAGAAGAUGAAUUACUUUAUGAUACUUUUACAGUUGAGUUGAACAAAAAACCUGGUCGAGGUCUAGGACUUAGCAUCGUAGGAAAAGGUAACGAAUAUGGAGUUUUUAUCUCGGAGGUCGUCAAAGGAGGUACAGCAGACAACGAUGGUCGCGUCAUGAAAGGCGAUCAGAUCUUGUCCGUCAACGGAGAAGAUCUGAGGAGCGCAACGCAAGAUGUAGCUGCCUCUGUCUUGAAGAUGUCACAAGGUAAAAUCUCAAUGGAAGUAGGCCGGUUGAAGGGUGGUUCGCGGAGCUCAUCCAGACGACCGUCAAUAAGCUCCCAACAUAUUCCGUCACCUGGCCUCAACAUAGAGCAGCCACUAAAUACAAACACAUUGACCUUACCAAGUCAAGAUUCAGCAUUUUUGAUGGACAUGCGUAAAGUUGAGUUAAUAAAGGAGCCAAAUCGAUCCCUUGGCCUCAGCAUCGCUGGAGGUGUAGGAAGCCCUCUUGGAGAUGUGCCCAUCUUCAUAGCUAAUAUCCAACCUGGUGGUAUUGCAGACCAUAAUGGACUACUCAAGGCUGGUGAUCAGCUUUUAACGAUUAACUCGAAAAGCCUUGAAGGUAUGAACCACGCAGGGGUCGUCACACUACUUAAAGAAGCUACAGGUAGGAUACUCCUCGAGGUAGUUCAACGACCUGAUGUUAGUUCAUUGGUAUCAGAAGCCAUCGAAGCAGAUGCUAGCAGUGGAUUCGUUGCUGCAACAGCAAGUUCUGUUAAUAUUCAUGAUUCCCAGAGUACGCAGUCACUGAAUGAAGUAGGCGGAUCUCGGUAUCAAACGAUAGAACUUGAUAGAGGACCAGAUGGACUGGGGUUUAGCAUUGUAGGAGGACACAACAGUCCCCAUGGCGACUUGCCAAUUUAUGUCAAGACUGUAUUUAAUAAAGGAGCAGCUGCAGAAAAUGGCCUUCUUAAACGAGGCGACCAAAUAAUACAGGUCAACAACGAGUCCCUAGAAGGCGCCACCCACGAAGAAGCUGUCAACAUCUUGAAGAAUGCAAAAGGCAAAGUCGUUCUAACGAUUGUUUCAUAAACAUUUAUACCUUUUCUGCCACUAGAGGGUGCCAGUCAUCACGAGUACUGCAACUAACAACACUAAGGCAUUUUACAUUUAAAUGUUAUGCAUCAUACUCUGUUUAAUACAUUUACACUUGGAUAAAUAAUCUAAUAUGAUAAUCAUGUAAUAUUUGUACAAGCUAGCUAUUUUAGACAUUUCUGUCAUAAACCCUUACCAUCAUUUCCAAAGUUUGUAUUCUUAAUCUCGCCAUCUGACAUUCUGUUUGUUUUACACCAAAUGGGCUGUUGAGCAGUAACAGAUAUUUUAAGGUAUUCAGUGCAUAUAUUAUAUUAAAUAACAAAUUUAUAGUUUUAACCUGAAAUAAGUGUAGAAUUUGUUGCGCAGAGUUCUUGCCAAGAUUUUUAUCAUUGAGCCAGUGGCUUGUUUAAAUCUGAAAUGAAAGGUGGUGCUCUGACUAGAUUGCACAUGGUUUUUCUGUGUUUGGUUGUCAUGGGCGACAUUGAAGCUAUAGUGUGGACUAGUAUGGUGAGAACAAUUUGAGAGAAUUUGGUAGAAUUGUGCUUUACAAGUGAAAUCAAAUAAAGCAGGCUUAACAACCUCUUAAAUAUUAUAUUGAACUUUGUAGCUAGCAAAUUUCAGGAUUGUCAGGAGUAUUUUUUUAUUGUAUAGGAGCUUUUGAUUUCACGAUGACAGCAAGAUCUAGGACGUAAUGACGUUAGAGUCAACUGCGCAAAUGACAACGUUCAGUUCUCGUCUGAUUUAUAGGAUGCGAUUCGGGCCAAAUGUUAGUUUUACUGAAGAAAGUACAGUUAUGGAUAAGCGUAUCCAUCCUAUGGUAAUGUCGUCUCACAAACGAAAGCUCCCUCUAUUUUUAAAUAGAAUUCAAUAGCUUGUGUAUAAAAUAACACCAAUCUGGACUGUUCUAUUACCAGUGUAGUGUUGCAAACACCAAGUUUGUUUCAUGAUAUAGAGAUAAUGUACAUGUAAAUCAUCACUCCAUGUUACUAUAAAUAUUAUAAUCACAUUAACAUUUUGAAAUUGGUGAAUUAUAGGGGGAAGUAUUGUAAUACUUUGAUAGUACAAGGUUGUGGAUACAAUUUCAAAGAAUUAGGAAUAGUAAGAAUAGUUUAAUAUAAUAUCCAUAUUAGGUAUUUCUUAAUAUAAAUGUAUGACAAUGGAAUAAAGUAUACAAUAAUUAAUAAA